GCAGUUUAUGAGACGCAGUGUGUUUCAAAAAGGUUGUGCCGGAGUUAACAAUUUUCAGAGUCAGAUUGGCUGGCCUGAAAGUGUUUUUCCUCCUCUUCAACAUAAAAGUUUCCACUUGUUCAUUUCAGGCACAGCAACCCCAGCAGAAGAGCAGCCAUGAUCAGCCAGCCCAGCUGAGACCAAUGAGGCCAUGCACUGGACAUUGCAGACCAGAUUCACCAACUGGGGAUCUAAGUAUCAAUGGCUUUUCUUCUGAAUAGUACAGUAGCAGAAUGAUGGAAUGAAUUCUCCAACUUGUCUAAAUGUACUUCGGCCUUCAAGGGGCUCCUUUAUUGAGAAUCAAUGUCUUCUCCUCAUAAUUGAUCACCAAAGACCCAGGGACACUCGAUUCAUCGUGGAAAGAGGGUAAUCGUCAUGAAUAAUCAAAAAGCCGUAGCUGCACUGCUGCAAGAAUGCAAGCAAGUGCUGGACCAGCUCUUGUUGGAGGCACCAGAUGUGUCAGAGGAGGACAAGAGUGAGGACCAGCGGUGCAGAGCUUCCCUCCCCAGCGAGUUAAGGACGCUGAUCCAGGAGGCAAAGGAAAUGAAGUGGCCCUUCGUGCCUGAGAAGUGGCAGUACAAACAAGCAAUGAGCCCAGAGGACAAAACAAACCUGCAAGAUGUGAUUGGCGCCGGGCUACAGCAGUUACUGGCGGCCUUGCGCGCCUCCAUCGCGGCUCGGGACUGCGCGGCGGCGGCGGCCAUGGUCUUCCUGAUGGACGAUUUCCUCUACGGGCUCGACGCCUCGGGAAAACUCCUGCAGGUCGCCAAAGGCCUCCACAAGCUGCAGCCGGCGACGCCAAUCGCCCCGCAAGUGGUCAUUCGCCAGGCCCGCAUCUCGGUCAACUCAGGGAAACUUUUAAAAGCAGAAUAUAUCCUGAGCAGUCUAAUAAGCAACAAUGGAGCAACAGGUACCUGGCUGUACAGGGAGGAAAGUGAUAAGAUCCUGGUGCAGUCAGUCUGCAUACAGAUCAGAGGGCAAAUUCUGCAAAAGCUAGGCAUGUGGUAUGAAGCAGCAGAGUUAAUAUGGGCCUCGAUCGUAGGAUAUUUGACACUUCCUCAGCCAGAUAAAAAGGGCAUUUCCACAUCACUGGGUAUACUGGCAGACAUCUUUGUUUCCAUGAGCAAGAAAGAUUAUGAAAAGUUUAAAAGCAAUCCACAGAUUAACUUGGGCUUACUCAAGGAGUUUGACCACCAUUUACUGUCGGCCGCAGAAGUCUGCAAGCUGGCAGCUGCCUUCAGUGCUUACACACCUCUGUUCGUGCUCACAGCUGUGAACAUUCGUGGCACGUGCUUGUUGUCAUAUACUAGUUCCAAUGACUGUCCUCCAGGCAUGAAAAUUUUGUAUCUGUGUGAAGCCAAAGAAGCCUUUGAGAUUGGCCUCCUAACCAAGAAAGACAACAAGCCAGUUACUGGAAAACAGGAGCUCCACAGCCUCAUCAAAGCUGCUUUUGGUCUCACCACAGUGCACCGAAGACUCUGUGGGGAGACUGAUGCAGUCUAUGCGGCGAGUCAGCUCUGUAGUGAAGCCAUGGGGAAGCUGUAUACCUUCAGUACUUCCUCCAGAACUCAGGACAGAGAAGCCCUGUCCCAGGAAAUCAUGUCUGAUAUCAGCCGGGUAAAGAAUCAUUUACAGGUUCAAAGCUUUUCAAAUUUAGACGACAGGUCUUAUGUUCCAGAGAGUUUCAAGUGUGGAUUGGAUAAGCCUAUCUUGCAUGGGCAUGUGAAUUUCCAAAAAAUCCUUGAAACCUAUUCACAGCACCAUACUUCAGUGUGCGAGGUUUUUGAAAGUACUUGUGGAAACAACAAAGAUAAGCAGAAAGACACAAAAACAGGAGUCUGUAUCACAGCUCUAAAAACAGAAACAAAAACCAUGGAUACUAUGAGUGCCUCUCAAGACAAACCAGGCUCUCAAGAAGGCCGGGGAGUAACUUCCUCUCCAGUGGCUGAAGAGGGUCAAGAGAAACUCAGGAGGACAGGAAGGAAAAACUGGAUCCAUUCUGAUGCAUUUCGAGUCUCCCUCGAUCAAGGUGUAGAGACGGAGACAGAGCCACCGGAGUACAGCAAUGGAAAGGGAGGGAUUUUGAACAAGUCCUUGAGUGACAGCCAGAGCUCCAGUAGUUGGAGCAAGUUAUCAGGGCUUAGUUCUUCCACAAGCUGGGAGGAAGUAAAUUACCAUGUUGAGGAUAAGUCACUGAGAAAAGAAUCUAGCAAGGAAGACCAUCUUGUGGACACUCAGUGCUCUACCGCCUUGUCUGAGGAGCUGAAGAAUGAUAGGGAUGGCGGAGCUAUGCACUCGCUGUCUUUAAAACUUCAUAAUCUGCCUCUCCAGGCAACCAAGGAUGGUAGUUUAGAGUCUUCUCAAACUCAACCACACACACACAUUCCCUUGACAACCUUCCCUCUUCACAACACAACAAACACUUGCUUGGCCUCUGAUACAGGGCUAUUAGAAGGAACUCCAGAGGGUAAUCAGGAAGUUAGGAAUGUGCAACCCAGAACUACUCCUGCCCACUCCAGACCCUCAGGUAUUGCUGCUUCUUGGUUUUCAUCUGGUUCUGGUAAACGUAAGCACAUGGCCACAUAUCCUUCAGUCCCAGAAGAAGAAGCCUUUGAGAUAAUUGACAAUUUUUCAGAAAUCAAAUAUGACUUCCAAGAUAAACAUGGGGAAGAGAGGCAAAAAGAAAUCAAUGGGAGAUUUACAGGCCUUAAAUUAAAAGAUAGCCCCUCUUGGGUGGACCCAGAAGGAGAAACAGCAGAAGGCACAGAAGAUGAGCCCUUAGCCUCUCGUACAAUCAUGGGAGGUUUUCAGGGCAACCAUUCUAUGUUGGCACGUAGCUCCUUCACUCCUCACUGGCCUAGUCAAAAGCAAAGCCCAGGAAAGACUGGAGGCUCAGUCGAAGAGCAGGAUAUUCACCCCGAUGCUUCUACAGUGGAUAAGGAUGGCCAACUUCUGGACAGCACAGAUAUUUGCUCCCCUGGUGGAUAUGGCUCUGAGGCUCAGAAACCUUAUGCUUUGAGGCAGUCACCUGCUCAGAGAGCCCAGACCCCCAGUUCCUCUGCAAGCUGUAACACUCCCUUCCCUGUCCUCAGUGAAGACUGUGCCACCACAGAGGAAGGAAACGAACCUGGAAAACUGCUAAGCUGUAGCCAGAACUCCAGCUCAUCCCUGUGGUGGCUGAAAUCACCUGCAUUUUCCAGCAGUUCUUCUGAGGGGGAUAAUUCAUGUUCCUUUCUGAAUUCCAGCAGAAGUUCUUUUGUUUCAUUGCCAGGAAAGACUAGGCAAGAGAUCCUUGAGGCUCGCACCCUGCAGCCUGAUGACUUUGAAAAACUCCUAGCAGGGGUAAGGCAUGAUUGGCUGCUGAAGAGACUGGAGAACACAGGUGUUUUUAAGCCCAGUGAACUCCAACGAGCACAUAAUGCUCUUUUGUUAAAAUAUUCCAAAAACUCUGAACUGUGGACAGCCCAGGAAACUACCGUGUAUUUGGGGAACUACCUGAAUGUGAAGAAGAAAGGCAAACAAAGAAAUGCCUUUUGGGUCCACCAUCUUCAUCAAGAAGAAACUCUGGGGAGAUAUGUUGGGAAAGAGUAUAAGGAGCAGAAGGAGCUCUGGCACCACUUCAUCGAUGUGGAGAGGCAGAUGACCGCACAGCACUAUGUGACAGAAUUUAACAAGAGACUCUAUGAACAAAAGAUUCCAACGCAGAUAUUCUACAUCCCAUCCACAAUAUUACUGAUUUUAGAAGGCAAGACAAUAAAGGGAUGCAUCAGUGUGGAACCUUACAUACUGGGAGAAUUUGUAAAGUUGUCAAACAACACAAAUGUGGUAAAAACGGAAUACAAAGCCACGGAAUAUGGCUUGGCUUAUGGCCAUUUUUCUUAUGAGUUCUCUAACCAUAGAGAUGUUGUGGUUGACUUACAGGGCUGGGUGACUGGUAAUGGCAAAGGACUCAUCUACCUCACAGAUCCCCAGAUUCACUCUGUUAAUCACAAAAAUGUCACUACCAACUUUGGAAAGAGAGGGAUUUUUUAUUUCUUUAAGAACCAGCAUGCAAAAUGUAAUGAAAUAUGCCAUCGUCUUUCUUUGACUAGACCUUUGAUAGAAAAAACAAACAAGGCAUAGUCUGGAUUGGUAGCAUGACAGACCUGCAUGCUCACCAAUGUCAGGUUCUCCUCUCCUUCUAGGCACACAAAACAUGGCACAGCCUGGUCUGUUGGGGCUUAGGUGAGCCAUGGUCUGACAGUGAGCAAUGAUUGUGAGAGGAAUGGCUGCAUGUCAACGUCACGUUGCAUUUAAUCACCAAGACAAGAUCCUGCAAAGUCUCUUCCCUCAGCCAGUUACCGACAGUGUGCCAGGAGCCUCUGCAAGCAUAAGUCUUACAGUGAAGGCAAGCCAACCAGCAGACAGAUGAUGGAUGCAAAGCUCUGCUGAGAAAUGACCUGAAAUUUUAGAGCUUUUUGUCACAACCCGCAAGGACCAAUACCAUUUGUGAUUUUCCCCAUUGAUUUAGGAGUUCUUUACAUAUUAAAAA